AUGGGAGACGAUAUUGAUGUACAAGAAACCCAUUCUACAUCAAAACCAAAGAAAGAUAAUAAUCAGGAUGAGCUGAUAAUGCAACAGCAAAGAAAAAUCGAACAGGAGAUAUGCGAUUCGAUAGCUAUUGUUGGCGAUUUGGAACCGAUAUUGUCUUUAGAGACGGAAUAUCGUCCGGAUGAUAUUUACGCAAAAAAAGUUCGUGAUUUAUCAAAUAAGUACAAAAGCAUUAGACGUACUAGACCCGAUGGGAAUUGCUUUUUUAGAGCUUUUGCUUAUGCAUAUUUUGAAAAAUUACUAACGGAUAAACAAGAAUAUCAAAGAUUUUAUGAUAUAGCAUCAAAAUGUAAAGAUAAUCUAGUGAAUUUAGGUUUUCCAAAAUUUACAGUAGAAGAUUUCCAUGAAACUUUUAUGGAAGUUAUAGAAAACAUAGGGAAAAGUGAAACAACACAAGAUGAUUUACAUAAAUUAUUUAAUAUCCAGGGUCAUUCUGAUUAUGUUGUCGUGUAUUUAAGGUUAAUUACAUCUGGACAACUUCAAAAGGAAGCAGAUUUUUAUCAACAUUUUAUAGAAGGAGAAAGAACGAUAAGCGAUUUUUGUCACCAGGAAGUUGAACCCAUGUUUAAAGAGAGCGAUCACAUUCAUAUAAUAGCAUUAAGCACAGCACUUUCUGUCGGUGUGAGAGUUCGAUAUAUGGAUCGUGGUAAUGAAAGCGAAGUGAUUGCUCAUGAUUUUCCAGAGGGUACCACACCAUCUGUUCACUUAUUGUAUCGUCCAGGACACUACGAUAUACUCUACCCUUGA